UCAAAGCAAGCGCGUUCUGGGCUGAUAGUCACUUGCGCGUGCGUGUUUCACUGCUAUGGUAACGGUAAACAGUCUGGAACGGAAUCUGUUCCUCUUGGAUAGUUCGCUCUUCUCUGAUCAUUCUGCUCUUCUCUAGUUGAUCAUGUCAGACGCGGGCUCUGAAGAGUUUGACGACGAGCAGGGCUCUCUAGGGGAGUAUGAGGGAGACCGAAAUGAAGCAGGAGAGAGACAUGGACAGGGCAGAGCUGUCCUGCCGACUGGAGACACUUACCAAGGAGCUUAUGAAAACGGCAAGAGAUGUGGCCAGGGGACUUACAAGUUCAAGAACGGAGCCAGGUACACUGGAGAAUGGUACAUGAAUUUAAAACACGGACAGGGUACAUUUUAUUACCCAGAUGGCUCCAAAUAUGAAGGAAGUUGGGUUGAUGACCAGCGGCAGGGUCAUGGUCUGUACACAUACCCUGAUGGAGACACAUAUGACGGUGAAUGGAUGCACCAUCAGAGACAUGGGCAGGGAACAUACACUCAUCACAACACAGGUUCUCAGUACAUGGGCACAUGGAUUAUGGGUAAAAUGGAGUCAGCCGGGGAGCUGAUCCAUCAGAAACACAGAUAUCGGGGCAACUUUAUCAAUAAUAAUCCCUCUGGUCCAGGGAAGUAUGUGUUUGACAUCGGGUGUGAGCAGCAUGGAGAGUAUCUCCAGAUAGAUCAGGACAAAGGAGAUGCAGAAGAUGACGAGCCUUUCAUAACCACCGUCUUGAAGUGGAAACCCAAGGCAGUCACUGGGCUUUCGGUUUGGACCAAUGAGAAGGAUUCUGCCACCUCGGAUCAAGUCGUUCUGGAAGACUGAGGAAGGCAAACCAGAAGAUGAUACAGAAGAGAGAGGACUUCUGGUUAAUUAUAUCUGACAGCCACUUCUCAUGUUCAGCAACAAUGGGAUGAUCGGAUCCUGUAUCAGCCUAAAAAGAGUUGAUUUUGCAAUAGUAACCUUCUGAUUGUACAUUAUCAUGUCUAUCACAACACUUAUAAAUAAAUUAAUAAAUGUACAUGAA